CCGUCUCUGUGUUCCACACCGUGAGCGUCAUCAUGGUGAACGCUACCUACGAGAGUCCGGCCGCCAUUGUGCGACAAAUUGUGCUACAAGGUUUUACCGGAAGCUGCGCCGGACGACCAGCCAACGCCUCGCCGAUACUCUUUCCAGACGCCGCGUCCCAUAUUGUAAGCAAGAUACCCCCGAAAGGGGUCAUCCGAGGAAUUCCCAUCUUCCCCGAUGCAUCCGUCGUUCUCGCAUCGCCACUCGUCCGUUGAACACCACUCUUCCACCAUACCUUCUGCCAACUUGGCUUUGGCCUGGGAGCAGUAUUGUAACCGGACACAAUGAGCGAGCCCAUCUCGCGACGAUACAUGACAGCAGCGCAUCCCAGGACAACUCCGAUAUCCGACGUUUACGACGACCAGCUGCGUCCCUCUCGUCUAGACCUCCUUGGCUGGUGUUCUCCCUUCAUUCCCCGUCAACUCGCUUUCGAUUUGCAGUACCGCUAUCUGAAUAAGGGAGGAUACGAGGGCAGGACGCCGAGUGGAUGCCGUUACGACUUAGAUAUACCAACCUCUAUCCCCGCCGAUGGCGCCCACGUUAGGGGUAGUCCCACUCACCUCUCACCAGUGAAUUUGACCGAGCUCACUCCGUCCCGUGCUCGCCUCGCAUCGAUGUCUCCUUAGCUACCCGAAAUCAAAGGCGGGAAACGCGUCAGAUGGACGGCACCCAUCGCCGGGGUGAGAGGAAUGCAAGAGAGGACGAAGUCAGUGGAGAGUGCCGAGCUGUGGUGGACUCACGGGUGCGCUUGAUUCUGUUGUGGGUGAGGGGCUUCGCUGAUAAGCUGCAGGCUUCUUGAGGGGCCUGUCGACUCUGGUGCCGACCGCCGUCCUGACGACUCACCGACUGAUUUUGGCUAGGUCAAUGCAUCGGAACUCAGACAACAGCGGGCGAUCACCGCCCACUAUCUCCAGCCCAUCACCCACCACCUCCAGCUCAUCACCCACCUCCUUUGGCCCAUCGCUCUCCUCCCUGUGGUCAUGAUAUGCCCGUCGGCGCCGGUAGAUAUCUCCCUGUUGAACACCCUUUCUGCGGCGUCUCAUCCAUCCAUUUCGUCCCGGUCCCCUUCGCUGUCAUUCGCCACACACUGCUCCCGUCACCCCUCUCCUCCACCCGCGUCCUCGCCUCACCAACAGCGCAGCCUGUUUCCUUUCCACCACUACUUCCACGCUCACUCAACUUUGUCCGCCCAUCUCUUCGCACAACUCAUUCGGAGGCUUGUCGAGAUGUUCGCCCCCUUCUUUCCCCCGUCCGGCCUGGACCUACUGGGUACAAAUCAUGGUCCACAGGGACGAACACUGCGUAUUCCCUCCCUGCUCAUUGAGCGAACCACGAAGUGUUUGCCGACGGUCCGUCUCUUCUCCUUUUUGGGGAAGGGGGAGGGGGGCCGCAAACCCAAGCGUUUGGCUCGACUUCAACAAGUCAGUCUCAGUCAGCGUCACCAACAGCAUCGUAGACUCGCUUCCCACGUUCGAGCCACGAGCUCAGCACGUCACCGCUGCACUCGAUCAAGCCAUUCCACGCUGGCGUUCUGCGUCGCGCGCUUUCAGGUACACGUGCGCGCACCACCUGCACUUGCUUCACGCUCGAUGAACGUUAUCGACCCGUC